GGCGGCUGCGGGGCGGCCCCGGGCUCUGAGCUCCGCUGCUGCCGCCCAGGCGCAUCCCGCUGCCGGUACUUCUGAAGGGCCACACCAGCAGAGAGGACAUCGCUGGAGGGGGGAACCACCACCAUGGCCAACUUGACAGCCCUUGUGGGCAGUGGGAGGAACUCAUGCACCUUCCACGAGGAGUUCAAGCAGGUCCUGCUGCCCUUGGUCUACUCAGUGGUGUUCACAGUGGGGUUGCCCUUGAACGCCGUGGUCAUCGGGCAGAUCUGGGUGGCCCGUAAGGCACUCAGCCGCAGCAUGAUCUACAUGUUGAACCUGGCCAUGGCUGAUCUUCUCUACGUCUGCUCCCUCCCUCUCCUCAUCUACAACUACACCCAGAAGGAUUAUUGGCCUUUUGGGGACUUCACCUGCAAAUUCAUCCGCUUCCAGUUCUACACCAACCUCCACAGCAGCAUCCUCUUCCUCACCUGCAUCAGCGUCCAGCGGUACCUGGGCAUCUGCCACCCCUUGGCCUCAUGGCACAAGAAGAAGGGGAAGAAGCUGACGUGGCUGAUUUGUGCUGCCGUGUGGUUCAUUGUCAUUGCCCAGUGCCUGCCCACCUUUGUCUUCGCUUCCACCGGCACCCAGAGGAACCGCACUGUCUGCUAUGACCUGAGCCCACCAGAUCGCUCCUCUGCCUACUUCCCCUAUGGCAUCACCCUCACUGUCACCGGCUUCCUGCUGCCUUUCGUGGCCAUCCUCGCCUGCUACUGCAGCAUGGCCAGGAUCCUGUGCCAGAAGGACGAGCUGAUCGGCUUGGUGGUGCACAAGAGGAAGGACAAAGCCGUGCGGAUGAUCAUCAUUGUGGUCAUCGUCUUCUCCAUCAGUUUCUUCCCCUUCCACCUCACCAAGACCAUCUACCUGAUAGUCCGUUCCUCUCCCAGCCUGCCCUGCCCAGCUCUACAGGCAUUUGCCAUUGCCUACAAGUGCACGCGUCCCUUUGCCAGCAUGAACAGUGUCCUCGACCCCAUCCUCUUCUACUUCACCCAACGCAAGUUCCGUGAGAGCACCCGUUACCUCCUGGACAAGAUGAGCAACAAGUGGCGACAUGACCAUUGCAUUACCUAUGGCUCCUAGGCAAGGACAAGGGCCACCUGGGUCUCACCAGGGUCAGCCAUGGAGCAGUCUUGGUUUCAAGCUCCACAGAGAAGAGAUGGCUUCAGCUGGGAACAUGCUGGAGGACAGGAGGACGGUAUCUCCCAAGCUUUCAGCACUUUCAUCUCCAGCCUGCAGCAGCACAGUAUUAACCCGAUCAUGGCACAAAUCCAGUGUCCUCUCUCUGGCUUGGUUGCUCAGUUUGAGCAGCUUAGCACCAUGGUUCCAUGGUGGCCAAGCCACCGAUGCAAUAAAAGCCACUGGUGGGACCAUGGUGAACACAGUGGGACCAUAGAGCACACAAGGCAAGCUGCUGGGGGGUGAUUUCUCCCCUUUCUGAUUUAAAGAUUCCCUGAUGGGGCCCUGCAAAGGCUGGGGAGGGCUUAACUCAGCUCAUACAUGUCUGGAGAACAUGGGGACGUGUGUUUCUCCAGUUCAAUAUCAUUGUCAUAGACAUUUCUUGGGGUAAUACUGGGACAUCCCUAUCCCUAGACCCUGGACUGGGGCCACACCAGUAAGAGACAUGGGCCUACUGGUAUCACUGGUGCUGCAAAAUGCUGGAAGAGCAUCCCUGGCCAAACUGGGACACCCAUGCUGGAUAUCCCACUUGAGUGACAAACUGGGGAUGGGUCAGACACAAGCCAGAAGUGUUGUCACCUGCCUGGGGACCUUCAGCAUCAUCUGACUCCAGCUUCCUGCUUAGCCCAGUACCUCAAAUCACAGAAUCAUGGAAUCAAUCAGGUUGGAAAAGACCUUUAAGAUCAUCAAAUUAAACCAUUUCCCAGCGCUGCCAAGGCCACCACUAACCCAUGUCCCUGAGGGCCUCAUCUGCAUGGUGUGUGAACACUUGCAGGGAUGGUGACUCCAGCACUGCCCUGGGCAUUCUGUUCCACCCUGGCACCCUUGGCAUCCUGCCAUCACCUCCUAACCAGGAUCCACCAAAAUCAAAGCCAGCACACCCGGACACAAAGACUGGAGUCAGGAAACCCUACGCCACCAAGCUACUUGGUGUCCUUUGCCAUGUCCCAUGGUUGGCUUGGCCUCUGCACCAGCACCAUGCUGGGCUGAGGCUUAAACUUUGCUCCCUGCAGCCUCCAUAGGGAUCGUCCUCAUCCCAAGCCAGGAGGCAUUCACUUACAUGGUGUGGGGUGGAGGUACCACUAAUUGCUCUGUGAGUCUUCUUUAACAUGUAGGAUGUGUAGGAUAAACCUCCCCCUUCCUUUUCCAUACGGAAUGUGCACAUAUGUGCACCCUCUAUAAGUACGUACAUGUAACACAUCCCUGCACAGGAGGGUUUGUAGCCCAGCACAGAUGUUCCCCAUCCUGAUUAAACUAUAUGUAUUUAUACAGUGGAUGUAUGUACGUAUGGAGUGAGCAGCAGGUCAGGGAGGGGAUCCUGCCCCUCUGCUGCGCUCUGGGGAGACCCCCCCUGCAGUCCUGAUCCAGCUCUGGGGCAACAGCACAAGAGGGACGUGGAGCUGCUGGAGCGAGGCCAGAGGAGGCCCCGGAGCUGCUGCGAGGGCUGGAGCAGCUCUGCUCUGGAGCCAGGCUGAGAGAGCUGGGCUGGGGCAGCCUGGAGAAGAGAAGGCUCCUGAAGGGGAGACCUUAGAGCAGCUCCAGUGCCUAAAGGGGCUCCAGGAAACCUGGAGAGGGGCUUUGGACAAGGGCCUGUAGGGACAGGCCAAGGGGAAUGGCUUUAACCUGCCAGAGGGGAGAUUGGAUGGGGUCUGAGGCAGAAGCUCUUCCCUGUGAGGGUGCUGAGGCGCUGGCACAGACUUUUCCCAGAGAAGCUGUGGCUGCCCCAUCCCUGGCAGUGUUCAAGGCCAGGUUGGACACAGGGGCUUGGAGCAACCUGCCCUAGUGGAAGGUGUCCCUGCCUAUGGCAGGGGUUUGGAACUGGAUGAGCUUUAAGGCCCCUUCAACCCAAACCAUUCCAUGAUUCUGUAUAGUAUUCAUUUCCAUAUGUAUAUAGAGAUAAAUGUUUCCUGCAGGUUGUCUGUG